AAAAAGUUAAGCUUAUAAACUUCCGACUCUUAGGAUUGUCGAAUGCAAACAUCUAAUCAUUUAGAUCUACUGAUCUAGAUCUAGAUGUAGAUCUUGAUUAUUUUAGCCUACAAAAAAGUCACUAGAAUCUAGAUUUUAUAGAUACAUUACAUUUUUUUCUGAUUUUAAUUUGACAUGCCACGCAGCAGAAGCAGAUCACCACCAUCAAAAAGAGAUCGAAGGCGUUCUAGGUCACGUUCUAGGGAUCGCAGGCAUCGGAAGAAAAGAAGUAGAUCUCGUUCACCUAGACAUCGAGCUUCUCCACCAAGACACAGGUCCAGGUCAAAUUCACCUCGAAGGAGGUCUCCUACACCACCAAAGAGGUCAAAAGAAAUUGAAAACAGCAAGUCUGACAAAAAAAAUUCCACAGCCUCAGAUGCUACAGCAGUUGAUGAAACAAAGCUAGCUGGUUUAGACGAGGAGCAACUGAAUAUGAUGAAAUUAAUGGGCUUUGCAAAUUUUGACUCUUCAAAAGGUAAGAAGGUAGAGGGGAAUGAUGUAUCAGCUGUGAAUUUACAAAGAAAAAGGAGAUACAGGCAGUACAUGAACCGACGUGGAGGCUUUAACAGACCACUUGAUUUUGUAGCAUAGAAUUUAUUAGGAUCUUUAUUGUGUAUGCGUGUAAAUCUGGUUAAAGGACAUUUCACUUUUAAAAAGUUUCUCUUGUUUUCAAAGCAUGUUGUGUUGUUUCUUUAUACUGAAUACAAAGGAGACAUUUUUUUCAUAUGUGUUAAUCACCUUCACUUUGCUGGCAUAUUUUUGUUGUUAUAGUUGGACCUGACAUUAAAAUAGUCAAUUGCUAAUGGUAUUAGCAAUGUUAAAUUAUAUAAUGGUUUAUUUAGAAAUGAUCUGUAUGGUACGCAAGAAAUUUGAUUGAUCUAUGAAAGAGUAUGUUUGGUCAUUGCAUGUUCUGCAGUAAGUAGCUGUAAUGUUUCAUGAGAAUGAUUUUGCAAUAAAAGUUCAAUAUUUUUA